UAGAUUUUUCUUUCUGUCAAAUGACGAGCUGCUUGAGAUUCUCUCCGAGACUAAAGACCCACUUCGUGUCCAACCACAUCUCAAGAAAUGUUUUGAGGGUAUAAGUAAGCUGGAGUUUACAGAACAACAAGAGAUAGUUGGAAUGAUAUCUGCUGAGAAUGAAACUGUUCCUUUCAGCACUAAGAUUUUCCCAGCUAAAGCUAAGGUAAGAUGUGAAGUACAGCGAAACCUUUGGAAGUGGAACAUAUGCUCGUGGUGCCUCAGAAUAGUGUUCCACUUGGGAGUAGUUCAUUUAACAUUAGAUAAUGGAAAUAGUGUUCCACUUCUGGAGGUGUUCCACUUACUGAGGUGUUCCACUUUACACAUUUUACUUUUAAUGUAGUCUAAUGCAAAUUUGUGUAAGGAUAAUAGUCCAAAAUUGUUUGUAUCAGAGGAUAAAUGACUACGUAUACAAUAGUAUCAUAUUUAGAAAAUAAAAUAUUAGGUUCUCCUUGAAUUAAACCUAC